UAAUGAUGUAAUUGGAGUUACCGCCCUUUCUUCAACUCUUCAUUGUUGGUGACGUAAAAUCUUAUGAUCAUCGAUUUUGUUCGAUGCUUUUAGAGCCGGAGCUGAGCUGUUAGCAUAAUUUAUCAGAAAUGUAUUAAUUCAGUUUGGAGGACAUCUGGAUUCUCGAUACGAUAGAAGAAAACUAAAAUCAUUUGACAAUGGGUUCCCUGUUUAGAAGUGAGGAGAUGACAUUAUGUCAGCUGUUUCUGCAGUCGGAGGCAGCUUAUGCUUGUGUGUCAGAACUCGGGGAGCUGGGCCUCGUACAAUUUAGAGAUUUAAACCCAGAUGUAAAUGCUUUCCAAAGGAAGUUCGUGAAUGAAGUGAGACGGUGUGAUGAAAUGGAGAGAAAGCUACGAUUCUUGGAGAAGGAGAUUAAGAAGGAUGGAAUUCCAAUGCUGGAUACCGGUGAUAAUCCGGAAGCUCCAGUUCCCAGAGAAAUGAUCGAUCUGGAGGCCACCUUUGAGAAGUUGGAGAAUGAAAUGAAGGAGGUCAAUGGCAACACAGAGGCACUGAAGCGGAACUACCUAGAACUAACUGAACUGAAACACAUUCUGAGGAAGACCCAAACUUUCUUUGAGGAGGCUGAAAUUCAUCAUGUUCAGGCCAUGCAUGAUCCAAGUCUGACGGAGGAAAACUUCGGACUCCUAGGUGAGGAAUCUCAUCGGUCGGGCCAGGCUCUCAGACUAGGGUUUGUGGCUGGUGUGAUAGUACGGGAGAAAAUUCCAGCCUUCGAGCGAAUGUUGUGGAGAGUGUGUCGAGGCAAUGUCUUCCUUCGACAGGCCGAAAUCGAGUCUCCUUUAGAAGACCCUGUCACGGGAGAUCAGGUCAACAAAUCUGUCUUCAUCAUCUUCUUUCAAGGGGAGCAACUCAAGUCCAGGGUCAAAAAGAUAUGUGAAGGAUUUAGAGCCACCCUUUAUCCCUGUCCUGAGACCCCGGCAGAAAGAAGAGAAAUGGCUAUUGGAGUGAUGACCAGAAUCGAAGAUUUAAACACAGUUCUGGGCCAGACUCAAGAUCAUCGACACCGAGUUUUAGUAGCUGCAGCUCGGAACAUUAAGAUUUGGUUCAUCAAAGUCAGGAAAAUCAAGGCCAUCUAUUACACGUUAAAUAUGCUCAAUCUGGACGUGACCCAAAAAUGUUUGAUUGCCGAGUGCUGGUGUCCAGUGCAAGAUCUGGACAGAAUUCAGCAAGCACUCCGAGGAGGCACGGAGAGGAGUGGAAGCUCUGUUCCAUCCAUCUUAAAUCGCAUGAAAACGAAAGAAAUUCCCCCCACAUAUAACCGUAACAACAAACUCACGCAAGGUUUUCAGAAUAUCAUUGAUGCCUAUGGUAUUUCCACAUACCAGGAAGUCAACCCAGCUCCCUGGGCCAUCAUUUCUUUUCCAUUCCUGUUUGCUGUGAUGUUUGGUGAUUUCGGCCAUGGUUUCAUCAUGUUCCUUAUUGCUCUCUUCCUUGUCACAAGAGAGAAACAACUCCAAGCUCAGAAAAUUAACAAUGAGAUUUUCGAUAUGUUCUUUGGUGGGCGAUACAUCAUUCUGUUGAUGGGAAUCUUCUCUAUGUACACCGGACUAAUUUACAAUGACAUCUUCUCCAAGUCCUUCAAACUGUUCGACUCCUCGUGGGCGCCACAUGAUCCUCUAACAUCUGAACCUUACACAGCUGAUACCUUGAGAGGGUCCACAUCUCUUCAGCUGGACCCUAAUGUUUCCUAUCCCAAGGGAGGACCUUACCCAUUUGGUUUGGACCCUGUGUGGUCUCUAGCCAGCAACAAGAUUACUGCAUUGAACUCCCUUAAAAUGAAGAUAUCUGUUAUAUUUGGUGUCAGUCAGAUGUUUCUAGGUGUAGCAUUAAGCAUUGUGAAUCACAGAUUUUUCAACAGAAAAAUAAACAUCUACUGUGACUUCAUUCCGCAAGUUAUCUUUCUGUCCGCCAUAUUUGGCUACCUUAUCAUAGAGAUCAUCAUCAAAUGGAUUGUGUUCUCCUUCAGGAACGUCGGCGAGGCACCCAAUUUACUGAUAGGACUUAUUCAGAUGUUCCUCUUCCAAAGUGACAAGAAAAAUCUGUGGUAUACAGGCCAGACAAGCCUGCAGACUUUCCUAGUAGUGCUGGCAGCGAUAUGUAUUCCUUGGAUGUGGUUGAUCAAGCCAUUCUAUCUGAGACACCAACACAGGCAUGGCCAGUAUCAGUACCAGGAAGUCCCCACCAGUAACUUAAUGGAUGAUAGUGACGGCGAGGAAGUGAUCUACCACAGUGACUCAGAGAGGUCACACUACGACCCUGACCCAGAGGAGUUCGAUUUUGGAGAGUUGUUCACCCAUCAAUCUAUACACACCAUAGAAUACUGCCUGGGCUGUAUCUCCCACACAGCCUCAUAUCUACGUCUCUGGGCACUUAGUCUGGCUCAUGCCCAGUUGUCGGAGGUGCUGUGGACUAUGGUGAUGAGAAUAGCUCUGCAGAUGGAUGGAAUAGUGGGGGCAUUUGUUCUGGCAGGAGUCUUUGCAUUCUGGGCCUGUGCUACGGUCAUUGUACUGAUCCUAAUGGAAGGCCUGUCUGCGUUUCUUCACACCUUACGUCUUCACUGGGUGGAAUUCAAUUCUAAAUUUUACGAGGGACAGGGCUACAAGUUCCAUCCAUUCUCUUUUGAAGAUUUAUCUGAGUACAGCAUUGAAGACUAGAAUACUCCUUUAUUGGUUAACUGUGCUUAUUUGUUGGUCUAUUUUUAACUUUCUCCACAAGUAGAGAGGUAUUACAUACUGAUUAGAGUGAUCUCCCUUAACCGUUUUACAGAGUUAUUUCUCUUAAUCACCGUGUGUUAGUGCAUGUAUAGUUUCAUCAAUUAUAUAUAUAUAUACAUAGGAGUUUAUUUAUUGUGAAAAAGAGAGAAAUUUUUUGAGGCAUAAUAGACAGGACAUAUGGAUUAUGAGCUUUAUAUUCCUUGACAUGGGAAAUCCAAAGAUUUAAUAAUCUGCAAAACUUUAAAUCUUUAAAAGCCACACUAAUCUUAUUUCAUCCCUAUCAUGAAUUAUGGUUUUGAUUGUUGUGUCAAGACUAGCAGUAAGAUUUAGUAUAUUAUGGAGAAUUAUAUUACCAUGUUAGUACUAUCCUAGAAUUGUGUGAAAUCUACCACUCCGUGUCUGAUUAUUUAUCUUGGGAGAUUUCUUGAUUGACAGGUUGAGAUCUCCCACAGCUGUUCUUAUCAUUGUAUCAUAUAUCUUAAAUUCUGUGUUUUUCUUGGGUUAUGUUUUGUCUUUAUCAUAAACUACUGAUGCAUUGCUGGUGAAGUAGCUCUUAGGAAUUCUUAGAUUAAAACAUUUUGCUGUUGAUUUUUCAAAAAUCUGUUGUGAUCAUUUUUCCUGCAUUUGUGAGAUACAAUGAUGUUGGACUUUUGCCAAGUACUGAUAUUCUAUAAUUAUUACUAUUCAUUGUUUGUAUGUCUGUUUUCAAAACUUCGUAAGUGGUGGAUGUUAAAUGUUACAAUUUGAAAUAAAUGAGAGAGAAAAAUUGAAAAA